UCCUGGAUCGUGUGCGGGGCUGGAGGUUUCCCCCACCCCCUCUCCCUUCACCGCAGCAUCGGUGCUUGGGUCCGCUGCCCCAAGUGAAGCACCCCAGAUACUCCGCUCUGCAGCCAGGACCUCAACUUGCCGCCGUAAAGACACGGGGAUAACAUUUUAAAGAGUCUUUCAUUCUCGCGGCACCCCGUUCCUUAUAAGGGACAAUGUCCAAAGAAACGUUCCCGGUUGCCAUAAAGCCGGAGCCCGCUGCCACCGCCGCCGACGGGGCCCGCGGACUGCUCGGCCAAUCGCUCCUGAUCUUCUCUUCACCGGCAAGCGGCCGGGCCGAGGGGGCGGCCGAGGAGGCAGAGCGGGCGGGCGCCGAGGCUGCACGCAGGGUGCUGCUGUUCGCUGCUACUCCCCAGGGUCGCGGGUCGGCGGAAUGGGGACAGCGGCCGCCCCUGGGUCGCCCACCGGUGAAAAGGAAGUUGGAUCUGGAGAGCGAUCAUCAAUAUCUGGCUGUGGAGGUGGAUGCGGUGAAAGGGAAGGGCAAGACUUCUGGUAGAGGCCUGAAGUCACCAGUGGAGAAGACGCGGUACGACACCUCCCUCAGCCUGAUCACCAAGCGCUUCAUCCAGUUGCUGGGGCAGUCUCCCGACGGCGUACUGGACCUGAACUGGGCAGCGCAGGUCCUCGAAGUACAGAAGCGCAGGAUCUACGACAUCACUAACGUGCUGGAGGGCAUCAAACUCAUCACCAAGAAAUCUAAGAAUCACAUUCAGUGGCUGGGAGGGAGCCAGUUCCUGGAUGGUGACAUGUCUGCCCGGUACCAGGCGCUGGUGAAGGAAUUAGCUGAGCUGGAUGACAGCGAUCGCAAGCUGGAGGAACUGAUCCAGAGCUGCACUCUACAGCUCAAACUACUGACCGAGGAUGCGGAGAGCCAGAGGUUUGCUUAUGUAACCUGCCAAGACUUGCGCAGCAUCGAGGACUUGUCUGAAGAGAUGGUGAUGGUGAUUAAAGCUCCUGCGGAUACUAAGCUGCAAGUGACUGAUCCAAGUGAGGCACUGCAGAUUUCAUUGCAAAGCAGCAAGGGCCCAGUGGAUGUGUUCCUCUGUCCUGAGAGCAGCUCAGGCUCCUGUAGUCCCGUGAAGACACUCGGCAGCCCUGUGAAAGUCAGCCCCAUCAAGACGGGCAGCUUCUGCAAGCUCACCCAUCAGGAACCACCAGGAAGCACUUCCCAGGGCACGACCCUCUUGCCAUCGUCCUGUCAAGACCAGGAGACGCAUCUUGGCACUUCGCCUCCAGCAUUGGUGGACAUUAACCUCUCACCUUUGACCUCCGCUGCCUCCCUCCUGCAGCAGCCUGAAGACAUCCUUCCCUCCCUCCCAUUUGACGACACGUUCAUCAACCUCUCCCCCCCGCUGCUUCAGGACUACCACUUCGGGUUGGACGAGGGCGAGGGCAUCAGCGAGUUGUUUGACUGCAACUUCGACACUUUGCAAAACUUGGAGUUCUGAGUGAGAGGCUGUGGGUUUGCUGAAAUCCGGUUCUGUGUUGCCCCUGUGCUUGGAGUAUUUGACACUGUCUCCCCUCCUCCCCCACCGUUCUCCUCCCUCACCCCCUCACUGCCUCUGACUCGAUCGAUCCAAGUUGCAGGUAGAUUUCUCGAGGAUGACCAUCUCUUGUUCUGUGCUGGUCAGAACCAGGCUGCCGUGGAGGGAUUUGGAGACGUGGGCGAUUAUUUCCAGCUGGUGUUCAGCCGUCCCCUGCAUACAAGGGAGACAAUUCCCUAAGCUUCCUCCAUCUGUGGGGAAUAUUUUGGGCCCUUGCGCCCUGCUUUCCUCUCCCUUCCCCAGUGUUUUGGCCCCAACCCCACACAGGUUAACGCAGCAGUGCUGCAGAAGCACCUUCAGUCCACAGCAGGAGUAUCUUGAGCUCUGACUCUGUUAUGCUAAGCACUUUCUCCGCCUCCCAGCUCUCCUAGCAGUCUUUGUUGCUUUGCACAGAACGGCUUGAUUUGAUUUUGACAGCUAAAAACCUUGCUCUUUCCAACACUGGCAUGGAAGGGAGGUGGGAGUGGCUGGUGGAUGCAGGGAGGGUGAUGGGUUUUGGCACCACCCACCCUCUGGAAGCAGGUUCAGUUCCUGCUCCGUACCACUGGCGCCAAUCAUGUGAGGUGUGAGUUGGAGAGUACGGGCUUGCAGGGAGUGUGAUGGAAAGUAGAUUCAGAGCUGCUGAGUUCAAUGACUGCCCAUACCACUUCAACCCCAGACCUCCACCUCACACCCCUCUCCGUACUGACUGUCUGUGUACCACUUCAACCCCAGACCUCCCCCUCACACCCCUCUCCGUACUGACUGUCCAUGUACCACUUCAACCCCAGAUCUCCCCCUCACACCCCUCUCCAUACUGACUGUCCGUGUACCACUUCAACCCCAGAUCUCCCCCUCACACC